CGUCCGCCACAGGCCACAGUAGCCAUGAAGGGCCGCCGAGUGACGUACCUGGGAGCUGGCUGCAUGCUGCCGCUGUUUCUGCUCUUGGCGGUGGCGACGUCCGUCGAUUCCGAGUCUUCGCCGUGCAGAGUUCAAGACUGUCCCAACUUCCGGGCCAUCCGGUUCUACGAGGAGCUGGGCUGUGUACGCAGUGACGGUUCCAGCGAAUGCUGCCCUACACGCUACAACUGCAGUUCACUUCUGUCGCUCGAGAAGACGAAGUGCCACUACAGAGGUAAAGCGUAUGACCCAGGCACACAAAUUCAGCAAGAAAUCAAAUCCAUAUGCACGCCCAGCUGUGCAUGUCUCGAUGAUCCGGACGGCAUUUUCAGUGGAGAAGCUACGUUCCACUGUGCGCACAUAGACUGCCCAGAAUACUUCGGCUCUGAUCCAGUGCAUCCUGGCUGCUUUAGGACGUAUAGCAUAGACCAGUGCUGCUCCACUGGCCAAUACUGUGGAAGUGGUACUGAGGGUCGCCAAGAUGUUGCAGAGUGUGUGUACAAUGGGAAGACAUACUUAGAAGGCCAGUACAUGGAAGUACCUGAGUCUGAUUGCUUAUCGUGUGUCUGUCAACAGGGAUUUAACGGAACUCUGGAUGGGCCGUGGUGCCGGAAGUUCAGCUGUGACUUCACUUUGGGACACAGGCCCUCAGAACUGGCCUCGUGUGCGCCAGUCUUCUGGAGAACCAGCAAGUGCUGUCCCAUCAGCUGGCACUGCCCUUCUGCUAACGACACUUUGGUCAGGGGCUCUGAAUCUCCAACUGAAAAUGGUGAACAAUGCACUUUUGGAGAUCACAGACUGAACAUCGGUGAUGAGCUUCAAACAGGCAGCAGUCCUUGUGUCAAAUGCAAAUGUGAUAUACCCCCAUUCAUAACCUGCACACAGCUGCAGGAUUCAGAAUGUGAGACACAAACUGAAUGAACAUAACUACCCAAAAUUAUUUAUUGCAUGUGUAAUUAAUAUGUAAUUAAUAAUAUGUAAUUAAUAAAUUUAUUUGGACAGUAUAUAUUUUGGAAAUAAAGUCAAGAUUAUUCUGACCUUUA